CCUUCUGUUAUCCUGCUUUAAAUUAUGCGCACUACGGCACUAAGCCAAGUCCAAGUCACAAUUAGUUCUGCUUCUUCGCUUCGUUGAAAGCAAUACAGCAAAAGACGUAAGCAUAGAGACAUCUUCAAUGGCAAACGCAGAGAAGCAAGUGGUAGUGGUUGCUGUCGAUGAUAGCGAGCAUAGCUUGUAUGCUUUGGGCUGGACGCUCGAUCAUCUUUUCGUUCCCUUUGGUUCUAAUUCUCCUUUCAAGCUUGUCGUUCUCCACGCCAAACCUUAUGCUGCCACUGCCGUCGGUCUUGCUGGAGCUGCUGCUGCUGAUAUUUUGCCGUCUGUGGAAUCGGACUUGAAGAGGAUAGCUGCUAGAGUUAUUGAGAAGGCUAGGGAAAUCUGCACCAGUAAAUCGGUGAAUGAUGUGUUGUAUGAAGUGGCAGAGGGUGAUGCAAGGAAUGUUCUCUGUGAAGCUGUAGAAAAACACCAUGCUUCAAUACUGGUUGUGGGUAGUCAUGGUUAUGGAGCUAUUAAAAGGGCAGUACUAGGUAGUGUGAGUGACUACUGUGCUCAUCAUGCUCACUGCAGCGUGAUGAUUGUGAAGAAGCCUAAGAUAAAGCACUGAGACGACUUACCUGCAUCUGAAUUAACAGCAAUAGGAACAAAUACUUCUAUGUAAUGAAAAUAAUGGUGCACUUGUCAAUGCCGGAUGCAUGUAGUUCAUAAUUGCUGCCCAUUAAGUGUAUGCAAGUGCCUGUGGCUGUGUGUACAACCACUGGCUAUUGCGCUUCAGACAUUCAAUUUAUAAAUUAUAUUGUCAUAUGUAAUAAUGAUUUAGCAAUUAUUUUCUUUAAAAUGUGUGUGUAUUUCAUUGUCA